AGCGCGUCGCCACAAGUGAUCCGACGGCUAACGCUAACGUACACCGCUCGCUCCUUUCACUCCUCCACGUCGCUACCACACCGUGUUCGCUCCUCGCGUGCGAAUCGACAGUUUUGUGAAACAGUACAUAAACGGCAUCACCCUGUGGACGCCAACGGUCCUCGUUCAUCAACUGCUGUCUCAGACGGAGUGGCUGAGACCAAUCAAUAUGCGUCAACCACGAGACGUCAUUCGCGAAGAAUGCGAGGUGCUGCAGAUGUCGGACAAGCAGAUCAAGGAGAUCAUGAGCCGCCUGCACACGGACCUCAAGAAGGGACUGUGCAAGGACACACACGACAAGGCCACCGUCAAGUGCUGGAUCACAUACAUCCAGGACCUUCCCAAUGGCAAAGAACGCGGAAAAUUCUUGGCGCUUGACUUAGGAGGGACCAACUUCAGGGUGCUGAUAAUCAACCUUGGAGAGAACCACUUCGAUAUGCAGUCCAAAAUCUACGCCAUUCCCAGCAGUAUUAUGACUGGCACCGGGAUAGCCCUGUUCGACCACAUCGCCGAAUGUCUAGCCAAUUUUAUGAAGGAACACAAUGUGUACAAUGAGCGAUUGGCGCUGGGAUUCACAUUCAGUUUCCCUCUGAGGCAGCUCGGUCUUACGAAGGGAAUCCUUCAACGUUGGACCAAAGGCUUUUCGUGUUCAGGAGUCGUCGGUGAAGAUGUUGUUCAAGGAUUGAAAGACGCUAUUGCCAGACGAGGGGACGUUCAGAUUGACAUAUGCGCUAUUCUCAAUGACACUACGGGUACAUUGAUGUCCUGUGCGUGGAAAAACCACAACUGCAAAAUAGGACUCAUCGUGGGUACUGGAAGCAAUGCCUGCUAUGUAGAAAAGAUAGAGAAUUGCGAUUUGUUUGAUGGAGUUCCGGGCAAGAAAGAGCUUCUCAUAAACACAGAAUGGGGGGCAUUCGGUGACGACGGCGCCUUGGACUUUGUCAGGACAGAGUUCGACAGAGAAGUCGACAACAGCUCAAUAAACCCCGGCAAACAAAUCCAGGAGAAGAUGAUAUCUGGCAUGUACAUGGGCGAGCUAGUCCGUCUGGCGCUCGUGAAGUUCACGAAGGCGGGUCUGCUGUUCGGCGGGCAGGGGUCGGAUCUGCUGUUCACGAAGGGUUGCUUCUACACCAAGUACGUGUCGGAGAUCGAGUCGGACAAGCCCGGGGACUUCACCAGCUGCAUGGAGGUGCUUGAGGAGCUGGGUCUAUCCCACGCGACAGAAUCCGACAUGGCGGCGGUCCGGCACGUCUGCGAGUGCGUGUCCCGGCGCGCCGCUCACCUGGUCUCCGCCGGGAUAGCCGCCCUGAUCAACAAGAUGGACGAGCCCCGAGUCACUGUGGGGAUCGACGGCUCGGUCUACCGCUUCCACCCGCACUUCCACACGCUUAUGACGGAGAAGAUUGCCACGCUCAUUCGGCCGGGCAUCACGUUCGACCUGAUGUUGUCGGAAGACGGCAGCGGUCGCGGCGCCGCGCUGGUGGCCGCCGUCGCGUGCAGACAACAGGAGGGUCGCUAGACCCGAUCUCACCACGAGACCACCACACACACUGACCAAUCACAGCCCUGGGCUCGGCGCGACGCGAGGUAUGUUGCAGCUGGCUGUCGUCCCCUAUUGGUUAAUACCCGCGUCGUGCCAACACCAGUCUGGUCAAGUGGCCAUUAAGCGUCCUAUCUGUUUUUUAAGUAUUUGUUUAGACAGCGUACAAACGCGAUUUCGUCAACGAUGCGUCUAUACCGCGGUUGCGAUCGAGAUAUUCCAAAGAAACAGAAAGACUCCCAGUUUUAUAAGUCGGCUCGAUUUCUGACGGAAUCUGUUUGUACGCGUUUAGUUAAAUGAUUAGUACAAGGGAUUUAUUUAUUGAGGAUAGGCACUGAAUGUAUUUUUUCGGCAGACACAUUGAAUUGUAACUUUUGUGUACUUAUGUUCUAUCUUAGUCUAGUCACAAAUCAGAUUUUAAGUUUGAAAUUGAUACUUAAAGCACAGUAAUACCGCGGUGCUUCUGCGGUAUUGUGGUCCCUAUUCAAUAAGUAUUAAGGCUGAUGAUGUAACAAGGUCUAAUGGCAAAAUACUUCGCUAAUCUUAAUAUCCGUCAAGUGCCUAUCUUAGCCACCCAAUAGACAGUGAUUUAGCGGAAAUACUUAUUUCAGCGACUUAAGUUGUAUUAGCAAUAAGUAGGUUUAGUGUGUUGUACAUUUAAAUUUAAACAUGUGAGCAUUCUCGCUAUGGUUAUUUGCUUAAUAAAUUUUAUAUAGGAUGUACGUAUUGUUGAAAACUAGAUAUAUUAAAUUUAUAUACACAAAUAAAUAUAAUUAGGUACGCAAUUUAUAUAGAUUUUGGAUGACUCAACCACAAUUUCGCUAUGAGUCUAGACUAUACUUAAACAUACAUUUAAAAAGCAUUGAUUAGUGAGAAUUGAUGAUAGUUAGGUAUACUUCCGGUAUUUCUAUGUAUACCUAUGUACAUUCGAAAUAAAAUGAAAAAGUUAAAUGUCCAUCUGAGCGAAUCUCACAGUUAUUUACUAAAUAUUGAUCAUUUAGUGUAUCAUUAUUUUGAUCAUUCCAUUUUAUUCAUGCUAAAUUUGUUAAUAUUUUGUUCAGAUCUAUUUGGAACAGUUUUAUUUAGAAAGCAUGUAUGUAUAAAUAAUAUACCUACUUCCAAUAUUUCUAUUGGGAACGAAAUUUAUAUAAAAUUUUGAUGAGGUUUGAUAUUUUCUGUGAUAGAGCUAUUUUGUAAAAUGAAUACAUAUUUUAUAAUAAUUGUAUUUCUUUUUCCUUUUGUUAAUAAACGGGGAAACUGACUCAAUCUCUAUUCAUUUACCUAAAAAUAGAUGAGUUUUUACCUAAUUAGUUUAAUACUAAUAUGGAGCACUUUAAUAGUGAUAGAUAAUGCUUUACAACAUCACACACCUACACUACAAUAGUUCAUAGUGGUUACUUAUCUAGAGGUGCAUUUUAAUGAAGGUAUGUUGUUGAGUAGCAUGUCGGCAUUGCACAAUGUAGCUGUGUGCAGUUAGACAGAAUGCUUAUCAGUAAUUAUUUUGUAAUAUGUAUGUAAUUAUUGUGUGCACUACAAUGAACAUUCUAAUAUUUUCAUGAGAUACUCACAAAAUAUAUGUAAUUCAUUUUUCUAUAACACAUAAUAACAGUAAGUAAAUAUUAAAGUACUUUUACCUAAAAUUUUAUUAAUAUCAAGGAGAAUAUUUAUUGAUCAUUUGGUCUCAAAUUCAGCUGCCCACAUUCCAGAUGUCUUUCUUCAUGAUUGAUAAGUCACUUUAUUGGACAUACAUAUCAAACAAGGUACUUUAAUGUUUGAUUUUAUAUGCAGAGUAAAAAUUUGGCCACACAUAUUAAUUCGAAAAUAAUAUACAUAAUGUCAUCAUGUGUUUGCAAUGUAAAUAUGUAUAAUAUAUUAUGUAAAUAGUUGUUUACGGCCUGGAGCCAGUGGUUUGUUUUUGAAAUAUGUAUAUUAUUUACAACUAAGUAGACUAUUAUACUACAUAUUUAAAAAAGAAUCAGAUUUAGUUUGUUACUUAGUAUAUUUUUACAGUUUAUAAGUAGAUAAAUAGCAUUUCCUACUUACCUUUUUAAACAAAAAAUAAAAUAAAAUAGAUAUUGAUUGAGCCAGUUUUAGAAACUAGUUUAAUUUGAAAGACAUUUUGUUUUUACACAUUGUCUUUUAUUUAAGUGAAGCUGUAAGCAAUGUUACUUAUUCUUAUUACUUAUAUGAAUAAAUUUGUAUAAAAAAGAAA